UAAAAGACGGUUCCCAAAUGACAACACCAUCAACAGCAAAAGUAAGGUGGGGAAAACCUCACCAAUUUGGACAUACUUCCUAAUGACAGAUUCUGGAUCACCUGCUUUGAUGACUUGGACAACUCUAUGGAGACAGAUACAACUGAAAUUGUGAAUGAAAAUGGUGAGCUGACUGGUUUUGAGGAGUGGUCUGUAGAUGGUGUGGUUCAUACUAGUGUUGCUUCCACAAGUAAUUCCUCUGUUCCUAUAUCUAAAAGUUUAAGUACAGUUACCACAGCUACCAUAACCACUACGGCCAGCACAUCCACUAUGUAUGAUACUUUUACCACUCCUGGCACAUCCACCACACCUAGUUCAUCAGUUACAUCUAACACUUUUACCAAGCCUAGGAGAUCUACCAAACUUAAAACAUUCACCAAAUUUAAAUCAUCUUUCACACCAAACAUAACAACUACAUUGAACACACCUAUCACACCUACAAUAUCCAUCCCACUUGAUAUAUCCAGCACACAAAACAUACUCCCCACACAAAGUACAUCCUCUACAUCCAACAUAGCUAAUACAUCAGCAUUUACAUCUAGCACAUUUGUUGCAAAUGGCACCAUAUCUGCUAAGCCUCACACAACCACCACACUUACCAAGACAAGUAUUGCACCUCACAAAACCAUUGUAACUAGCACAUGCACUACACUUGUCAGCAAAACAAAAUCUUGCAGUACAGCUACUUCCACUUCAACCUCACAGACUAGUAUACCCAUAUCACUGAUGUCAACAUUUAGUACCAUUACCACUACACAAGCUGGCUCCACAAUAUGUGAUAGUAUUUCUACAUAUGGUUGUAAAAUCAAUACUGUUGAGAGUAAAACCACUGCACAGACCUCCAUACCCAAAAUACAUCGAGGUUUAACCAGUACUGCAGCAACAGCCCUUACUGUUGCUGCAUCAAAUAUUGACCUUACCUAUACAUCUCCCACAUCAGUAUCACCAGACAGUUCCAUCCAUAUAUCUCCCUUAAUAUCCUCAGACAACACCACCCAUACACUUGUUCCCAUAGCAUCUCCAAACACAACAAUGGAAAUUCGUGCCAGAGCAUCACCUAGUAAUACAACAUCCAUUGGUACUCUUCCUGAUUCUUCUACACAUACAUUUUUUUCUAUUCCACAUAGUCACUCCAAUAUGUCUGAAGAUAACAGACCUAUCAGUCCAAUCCCAAUGUCCUUUGAACCUAAAAUUCUUCAAGUGUACAACCCUGCUGAUGCCCAAAAGCUGUAUGACAUGCUUGAUUCUCCUGAUCCUGACUCUAAGAAACCACACAAGAGUGUCUCUGUCAUGACAAGUCAACUUUCUAACAGUGAGUUGGAAGGAGGAAUUACAAAAUCUCCUGACUGUACAAAAGCAGAGAACAAGUCCGAAAAAAUGCAUAAACAGACCAACAUAGAUUUUACAUAUGCAAUUCCAACCUGUAGGAUGGAUAAAAAUAGUGUAACAAAGAUAAGGGUUAAGGAUUAUUGUAACUUGUUUCCACACAUUUCAAAACCAAAGAAUGCUAACAGUAUUAGUCAGCCAUCAACCACUUCAGAUAUGAACAGUCAUCAACUGUCAACUCCAUUUCUGGAGAACAAAAAAGAGGAUAUUUCAUUUGCCAUAAAAUUCCUGCAGCAGCAGCAGCUUCAAUAUAAAAGAAACAAUCAACAACCUACACAGAUUAAUAGCAACAUAUCACAAAGCUUGAAAUACAGCAAUGCCCAACAGUCAACACUCACUGAAGACCAUGAACAACAUUUAGUUGUAAUUGACAACAAAGAGCAACAACCAAUUUCAGUCUCUACUAACAUACAAAGUUUAUCUACGCUUAACAAAAGCAACUGGCCAGCAUCGUGCAAUAUACAACAGCCGGUUGUACCCUUUGGCAGUAGUCAACAAUCAUUAUCAGUAAACAGUAACCGGCAGCAGCAAAUUUCAGGCAACAGUAAAAGCCAAAAGAUACCAGAAGUCAUUGGCAGCACUAAGCGACAAUUCCUUGUCUUGAGUAGUAAUGCACAAUGCUCAGCAUUGAACAGUAGUAACCAGCAGCCAACACCAGGCAACAACCAAGACUCAACUCCAGUUCCUAACAAGAUUCAACAGUCAGCUCCGCUCAUGAACAAUAAGCAGCCAUCAAUUUCAGUUGUCAGUAGUAGCAAAUUGUUAGCUCAACCCACAAUUUGCAGACACCAGCCAACUCCUGUUACCACUAAUAAACAGUUGUUAACUUCGCUUGGUAUUGUUAAGCAGCAGUCAAGUUUAAUCAUCAACAACAAGCAACAGACCAUCCCAGUCUUCAGUAGCAGGCAACAGACAGACCCAGUUGUCAGCAGAAGACAACAAACCACUCUAGUCUUCAACACCAGGCAACAGACUACCCCAGUCUUCAGCACCAGGCAACAGACUACCCCAGUCUUCAGCACCAGGCAACAGACUACCCCAGUCUUCAGCACCAGGCAACAGACUACCCCAGUCUUCAGCACCAGGCAACAAACAGGCUCAUUUGUCAACAGUAGGCAACAAACAAACCCACUUGUCAGGACCACCCCAGUCUUCAGUACCAUGCAACAGGUGGACCCAGUUGUUAGAUACCUGUCAACUUCAGUUACCAGCAGCAAGGAACAAUCAGCUUUACACAUGAACUCAAGUUAUAAUCAACAGCCAGCCCCAGUCAUCAGCAGCAGGCAACAGUUGACAGCUUCUCUAAGCUCCAAAGAACAGUCAACUCCAGGGACAGAUAACAAUCAGUUCAUUCCAGUGAUGAGUAUACAGCAGUCACUUACAGAUGUAAGAGAUCAGGACCAAUCUUUGCCAUCUCCUGGUAUAAAAUGCCAGGCAAGUCAGUACAAAGUCAAUGAUCAGCAAAUCAAAUAUGUUAUGAGUAAUUAUGAACAGAUGACUACAAACAGGAGUGAUGACAAUAAGACUUAUCCAGACAACCAUCAUGUAAUUAGAACCAUAACUAAAAUCCCCCAUGCAACUUCAGCUGUGAGUAAUCUCCAAGAAUCACCUCCAGUGAUGAGUAAGGUCCAACAAAAAAGUUCACACAUGACCAGUGUUUAUCAUACCAUUCCAUUAGUGGGUGAAAACCAGCCAAAAAUCUCACAUACGGGUCAUGUUGAGCCAAUAAUUCAGCACACAAGUAUUGAAUACUUAAUUCCGGAGAAACAAAUUAUUCCCAUCAUAAGCAACACACAACUGACAUCAAUACCUACAACCUUGACAGAACCAGUACUGACUGUGAGUAACAUGCAGCCUGAUUCUUCUACAGUGCCACAAGUUAGCUAUAGUAUGUUAGCACCAGUAGUGACCUCACAUACAAAUGAAAGUCUUAAAAAACAAUCUGCUUCUGCACCAUGGCAAUUUAUAGCUUCACCUCAUAGAAACACUGAGCCACAACAAUAUAUGAUGAUUUUACCCAAGGAAAUAGAACACAAGACACCAGAGUUAACAGUAAAGUCAAUGGAAAAAGUGAAGUCAACAAUGCAUGUGAAGGAUAGUACAAGUUAUGGGAAUAAAAGCAAUCGUGCAAAAGUGGAAGGUAGACAAAUUAAGCAGACUGCCAGGAAGUCUACAAAAGCCCGUCCCACCAAAAGUAAACUUGCUGCACAACUUGACAAGCUGUUUGUUGAUGUUGGGAUAUUAAGCACCGAGACACAGCAUUCCAUGACAGAGAAUAAUGAGAUUGUUUCUGAAGCUGACAGAAUAAAAGGUGGAGUAACUGAUAAUUCAGCAGGUAUGCCAAUGACUUGGGAUUUCUCAUCAAAUGAGACUAAUUGUGACAAAAAUAAUUUUCUACAGCCCCAGGUAUUGAGUGGCCUUCCUGAAAUGGCAAAUGCAUCAAACACUGUACAAAGUUUCAAUAACAUUUCAGAUAGCACCAAGGUCAGACCACCACCUCCUUUGAAGCAGUUCUUUCCCCAAACUAAAAGAAAGGUAACCAGGGUUACUUGUCCCCCACUAACACCUUUACAUAAAAUGACUAAGCUUUCACCAGAAGCGUCUGAAUAUUGGCGCUCAUCCAGUACCAAAAAGACAGACAUCAUCUAAUCUUUCUGACAACAGUUCCAGGUUCCUUCCCCCAGCUACAUGAUUAGGAACACUAUAUCUCAAAAUAUGGACUAGUGAGCAUCUACUAUGUAUUAUACUAAUACUGUACGACACAUUUCCCUAUUGUAAGUAUGUAGUACAGUCAAACUUUGCAUUACAAGUUUAAUUAGUUACAUGACUAAGCUCAUUCUGCAAAUCAGCAAGGAAGACAAUAGAGUUGAUUGUUAUCAUUUGGAAGGAAAGUCUUAGGGCCACACAACUACAGUAAUUAUUGUAAAAUGAUUAAAAGAAAAAUGCUGAGAAAGCACAAUAGGGAUGUUUCUCCAAUGAGAUAUCCAUGUAGGCUGAGCGAGUGGUGGUCAUGUUUGUCAGGAGAGUGAGUGACAGCCUAACAGUCACUGUAUGAACCUUGCUCGCAAUAUAGAUUUUCAUUCAUAGAACAAAUAGAUUUGCUCAAGUCUUGACUUAUAUCACAAAUUACUCAUUAUCUGGUGAUGUUUAAUGAGGGGUUCCACUGUAGUUUAGGGCCACAUCUAUGCAUCUGUUGCCUAAUAGAUAAAUGAAUGCUGCCAAUUUAAAUGCAAUUGAAUUUGAAUUCCAAUGGCAAUUUAAAGUGAAAUAUUUGAGGUUAUUUAUUAACUUUUUGUGUACCAAGUAAUAUUUUUAGAUAACACUAAAAACUAUAAAUUCAAGUUUUCUUUAAUAUCAUGAAUUUCAUCAUGCUGUCCUUCUUUACAUUAUUUUCAUUUGCCAAUAAGUAGCCCAAUCAUUUAAUUUGUCAAGGUCUUGUUGUAGGGCAUCACAGUCUUUCUAAUUUAUCACUCCAUUAUUUUGGCUUCAUUUGCAAACAUACUUAUAUAGCCUUCCUUCUAUGCCUUCAACCAUGUCAUUAACAUAUGCAUAUUGCAAACAUAAUUAGUGCCAGGACACAUCCUUGUGGAACAAUGCUUAUUACCUUUUUUCCAGUUUGAUUUGUUAUUCUGAAUUACUGUCGUUAUUUCUCUAUUACAUAAAAGUCCUCCAUCCAUUCUAAAAUUGUUUACCCUGAUGUCCAUCGUGUGUGUGUGUGUGUGUGUGUGUGUGUGUAUUUACCUAAUUGUACAUUACAGGGUUCAAGCGGUGACCUGUCUCCAUAUCUUAUUUUAUUCAAAUUUUUCUUAAAUUGUGCACACAUUCUUCUGCUACAAUGUCAUCAUUCAAGCUGUUCCAGAUGUACACCAUCAUAUGUGGAAAACUAAACAUUUUAUUGUUUUUCAAACAUUGACUUUUCCUGAUCUUUGAGUCCUCUUGUCUGUCUAUCUCCAUCUUCAAUCAGUGAUACCAGAUCUUGUCUAACUAUCUUUUCCAUACUGUUCACUAACUUGUACAUCAUUAUUAGAUCUCUCUCCCAUCUAUUCUUCAAAGUUAGUAGUUCCAUUUUCUUUAGUCUACCUAGUCUACCUUCAUAGGGAAGGUUCUUUAUUUCUGGCACCAUCUUUGGGGCUAUCCUUUGGAUUCUUUCUAAUUUCCUGAUGUCCCUUAGCAUUUGUGCUGGAUAUUCAAAUCUAGGUCUUAUAAUUGUGGUUAUGAUCUUUCUCAUCAUAAUCUUGUCCAUGUAGUUAAAUACCACACUGAUAUUUGUUAGUCUUAUAUGUUGAAGCAAGUAACCCAUUCAUGUGCCUUUCUGGUUUCAGGAUGUCUUGUAUAAUCACUCCCACGUCUUUCUCUUCCGUCUUUUUCAUUAUAACCUCUUCUCCAAUUUUGUACUCCAACAUAGGCCUUCUAUUACUUUUACCCAUUUCCAUUACAUGACAUUAUUUAGCAUUAAAUUCUUAUUUCCACAUCCAUUCCCAGAUGUUAUUGAUAUCCUACUGCAAUUCCAUACAAUCCUCAUUGUUCCUUAUUACUCUCAAGAGUUUUGCAUCAUCACCAAACAAAUUUAUGUAGCAACUCAGGUUCUCCUGUAUAUUGUUAAAAUAUAUUUGAAACAUUGGUACCAGCAAUGACCCCUGUGGUACACUAGUUACUGUGCUCCAACUUGAUAGGGUGUCUCUUAUCAGUCCUCAUUUGUCUCCCUAUUAACUAGUCCCUCAUGAUACUUCCCAGUAUUCUUCCUAUAUGUUCUAUUUUCCAUAGGAGUCUUCUAUGUACUAUGUCAAAAACAUUUUUUAUAUCUAAAUACACUGUAUCCACCCAUCCAUCUCUCCCUUGUACCUCAUCUGUUGUGUGUGUGUGUGUGUGUGUGUGUGUGUGUGUGUACUCUUACUCAUUUCACUUUCUGCUAUAUAGUAGUUUCCAUAUUGCCAAAUUAUCAUCAAAUGAUUUACUCCCAUCAUCCAUUCUCACACCAAUCUUAAAAUAUUUGAUAUGAAUUCAAUGUGCAGGAGAUGUUGCUUCAUUAUUCACAAACCUGUAUUAAGUGUGAUGUCAGCAAAUUAGCCUCUUGAAAAUCAAAUGAUGCUUACACUGUAUUAUAAUAAUCAAUACAUAUACAGUGGAUCCUCUAAUUAUGAGAAAAUUUUGAGAUGCGAGCUGUCACUUGGUUCAUUUGACCACAAGUUCCAGGUACAUAUACUGCUGCAAAUUGGUGAGUCAAAUGCGACAUCCACCCAACACCCCACUUCCAAUGUGUUCAGUUCACGUCUUUUACCAUGAAAGUAUUUCUCGUGCUGUGUGAACAUCUCAUGUUUUUAAUGAAAUUUUUGGGGAAUAAAUUUCUUUUAUAUCACCUUGAAUGCUAAGCCCCACCUCCACCCUCCACCUUACACCAGCACCUUCCAUUACCCCAAGAUGUUUCAUCUCCAUGUAAAUACAACUAGUUUAUUUCUUUACUUUCUCUUUUGUUAUUUCUUAUUACCUAUGUUUUUAUACAAUAUUUUUUGUAAAUAAUUUUUCUUGUCUAAAAAACAUAAAAAAAUGCUUGUGUGGAGGGUUGGGACAGAUUAAUGGGAUUUCAGUUAAUUUCAAUGGGGAAAAUUUAUUUGAUAUAUGAGCAAAUUAAGUUAUGAUGUCUGCCAUGGAGCCAAUGAAACUCAUAAGUCAAGGUACCACUGUACGUAUUUAAUGAUUUACUUCAAAGAAUACUACUAUAAUGCUACAAUGUUAAGUCAUUGUAAAUUGAUCUAUAACAAUAUAUAUAUUUUUGUAAAGACAGUUUUCAUUGAUAGGCUCUAUUUUUAUACAUAUUGAAGUGAAAAUUGUUUAGCAGAAAUACUUUAGACUGAGAGUGUCAUGAAGUCUGGUUUUCUCUACAUUUCAUGAUAUAAACUCACUCAUUUCAUGAUGGAAUUACAUUCAGGUAGAGAAAAAUAUGAAAUACUGUAUACUGAAAAAUACAUUACUCAACAUUUGAAUAUAAUAUUUCUAAUAAUGUAAUUCAGUUACAUAUGCAUGAUAUAACUGCAUUUAUUCUAUGUUGUACUAUCAUGAAAAAUGUGAAUUAAUUGUAGAAAAUAUCAUAACUUGAAGAACUUUCAGAUUUUGUAUGUUUAUAAUUCUUAAUUUGGAUGAAUUUAUCUUGGUGUUAUAUGAAUUUAUUGAGACCUCGGCAGCUGUAACAGAUUGUAGGAUAAAUGUUUUACUUGCCUCAGGGACUUGAUGUAAGAAUGUAUUAUCUUAUACAGUGAAGAUGUUACAAAUAAAUAUUACCAUAUUAUGAUGAUUGGAUGUAGUAUUUGAUUUUCUAAGAGCUACAGCUAUCCGAGAAUAUUUUGCCUAAAUAAAACACUGUACUACAAUGUUAUAAGAUUUAUCCAAUUUUGCAGGAUAUUCUUCUCUUUCUCACUGUAAUUUUCAUCCCCAUGGAAAUAAAAUUUACUGCUAAUG